AUGGCGACGCCUGCUCUCCCUCCUAACGAUCCUCGGGACUUCCAGAACAUCGUGGCGUACGUACAGCCGCCGCCGAAGGAGCCGGAGGCAGAAGGAGUGACGUUCCUCUGCAUGCCGCUGGUGUUGGGUGCGGUCGUGUUUCAGCUCCACUUUCUUUUCUACGUCUGUUUCUUGCUCAUCUUCUCGAGCUGGGUCUCAGCCAAGUACGGCGAAUUCAAUUUCCAACAGUACUCCUCAGUCAUCAUGAUGUGUGUCAUGGGUUUCACGAUGCCCCUUCUCCAGCAGGCGAGCAGGCCGCGGCCUGCCUCUCCGCCGCCAGCGGCUGCCUCCUGA